AUCAGUCCCCAGGAGUCCUGCUGCUCAGAGCCGCAGGCCACCCUCCCCCAUAGCUCUGGUGACUCAGCCCAGCAACCAUACCAGGUCAAAGCUAGCUGGCAGACAGGGAAGAGUAGCCAGAGAGCAUUCUGGACAGGGAGGAGCCCAGAAGUGGGAGGGAGAGAUUCUCAUUUCACUUUCCCUAUCGCCUCAAGACACGCUGGAGAGCUGGAGAGGGUAGGGAGCCCGACUCUUCCUUGACCAGAGUGGGCAGAGUCCUGAACCUGCUCUGUGACUAGGGAAAGGGGCACAUCUGAGGACAGCAUGGCUCCAAAGCGCAAGCCCUCAGUGCAGACUGAGGACCCUGAAAAGAAGAAGAAGCGGGGACCAGGGGAGGAGGACACAUUUCGCUCCACUGCUGAAGCCCUCAGGGCAGCACCCGCAGAGAAGCGUGUAAUCCGUGUGGACUCCGGGUGUCCACUCAGGGACAACCCUGGGACCCAGGUAUACGAGGACUAUGACUGCACUCUGAACCAGACCAACGUCGGGAGCAACAACAACAAGUUCUACAUCAUCCAGCUGCUCAAAGAGGGUGACCACUUCGUCUGCUGGAACCGCUGGGGCCGUGUGGGAGAGAUGGGCCAGUCGAAGAUCAAACAGUUCAAAAAGCUAGAAGAUGCAAAGAAAGACUUUGAGAAGAAAUUUCAGGAGAAGACCAAGAACAGCUGGGCAGAGCGGGACCACUUUGUGGCCCACCCUGGAAAGUACACGCUUAUCGAAGUGCAGGGAGAGGACGAGGCCCAGGAGGCUGUGGCGAAGGUGGACGGAGGCCCCGCAAGGACUGUGGCUAAGCGGGUGCGGCCCUGCUCCCUGGACCCAGCCACACAGAAGCUCAUCACCAACAUCUUCAGCAAGGAUAUGUUCAACAAUGCCAUGGCCCUCAUGAACCUGGAUGUGAAGAAGAUGCCCCUGGGAAAGUUGAGCAAGCAGCAGAUUGCACGGGGCUUUAAGGCCUUGGAGUCACUAGAGGAGGCCCUGAAAGACCCCAUGGACGGUGGCCAAAGCCUGGAGGAGCUGUCCUCCCACUUCUAUACUGUCAUCCCACACAACUUCGGCCGCAGCCGACCCCCACUCAUCAACUCCCCUGACAUUCUACAGGCCAAGAAAGACAUGCUGCUGGUGCUGGCAGACAUCGAGCUGGCCCAGACCCUGCAGGCAGCCUCUGAGGCGGAGAAGAUAGUGGAGGAGGUGCCACACCCUCUGGACCGAGACUACCAGCUUCUCAAGUGCCAGCUGCAGCUGCUGGACUCUGGAGCACCUGAGUACGAGGUGAUUCAAACCUACUUAGAACAGACUGGCAGCAGCCACAGGCGCCCUACUCUUCAACACGUUUGGAAAGUGAACCGGGAAGGGGAGGGAGACAGGUUCCAGGACCACUCCAAGCUGGGUAAUCGGAGGCUGCUGUGGCAUGGCACGAACGUGGCCGUGGUGGCUGCCAUCCUCACCAGUGGGCUACGCAUCAUGCCACAUUCUGGUGGCCGUGUUGGCAAGGGCAUCUACUUUGCCUCGGAGAACAGCAAAUCAGCUGGCUAUGUUACUGGCAUGCCCUGUGGGGCCCACCACAUCGGCUACAUGUUCCUGGGUGAGGUUGCACUGGGCAAAGAGCACCACAUCACCAUGGAUGAGCCCAACUUGAUACAUCCGCCCCCUGGCUUUGACAGUGUCAUUGCCCGAGGCCACACAGAGCCUGAUCCGACCCAGGACACCGAGCUGGAGCUGGAUGGCCAGCGAGUAAUGGUGCCCCAGGGCCGGCCCGUACCCUGCCCAGAGUUCCGCAACUCCUCGUUCUCCCAGAGCGAGUACCUCAUCUACCAGGAGAGCCAGUGUUGCCUGCGAUACCUGCUGGAGCUUCGCCUCUGAGCUGCCCAUGCUGCCCCCCGAGUCCUGCUAGUAGAGGCUGGACCAUGAUCUUCCAGUCUUUCUGCCCAUCUCUGGUACCGCAUAGCACCCUUUCUUUUGUGUUUCCAGAAUACAACACAUUGUUAUGAACUAUAGUCACCAUGUUAUGCAGUAGAUCUGAAUUUA